AUGCGUUAUCCAAGGCGAGUGAUGGAACUCAGCGAACUAAGGACUUCGAUUCAUCAAGAAAGUGACCAAAUGAGCGUUCUCAAUAGGGCAGCAAGCAGUAGGAAUGCAGUAACAGGUUUGAACUCAUUGAUACCGCAAGACUGGUCAAUCCUUUACGACAUUUCAAAUUGCGAAAAUCCCUUACACAUAUCGGCAUUGUUGAAUCAUGUUAGAUUCACAGAGGCCAUUCUCAGUCGCAAUCCCGAGCUUGCCACUGUGAAAAAUUCUUCUGGAAGCACAGCCCUCCACUUGGCUUCUGCAGAGGGUAACUUGGAGAUCGUGCUGAAACUGCUACAACAUAACAAAGACCCAUGCUUGUUUCAUGAUGAAGAAGGAAGAAUUCCUCUGCACUAUGCUGCUAUGAGGGGUAGAACAAAGGUUGCAGAAGAGCUGAUCAAAGCCAAGCCAGAUUCUUUGAGUCUAGGUGACAAUUAUAAAAAAACUGCUUUUCACUUUUGUGUGAAAUACAACCAUUUAGAAACUCUCCAAGCUUUGGUGAAAUUGGAUUAUGCUAUUGCUGGCGACCUUCUCAACUUCAGAAGACCUGAUUGUGCUGGCAAUACCGUUCUUCAUUUUGCCGUCAAGUUGAACCGAGCGGAGGUUAUAAGGUAUCUCCUGUAAUUCCAAAAAUAAGAGAAUUAGCAAAGUUGAAGAAUGAAAAAG